AUGCUGUCCAACCGCGAGUCCGCGCGCCGCUCGCGCCGACGCAAGCAAUCCCACCUCGGCGACCUCCAGGCCAAGGUGGACGCGCUCCAGGCGGAGAAGAACGACCUGUCUCGCGCGUUGCGGGCGAUGCAAUUCAACUUCCAACGCGCGCUGGAACGCAACCGGUACGCGAAGCGCUCGCUGAGUUACCUCCGCGAGCAGGUGAUGAGCGACAGGACGCUGAGCCGCGAGGCGAUCGUCGCGGCGACGACGGCGGUGAUGAUGGAGCGCGCGCCCGCGCCCCAAGGGGAGCCGUGCGUCGGAGGAGGAGGAUACGGCGGCGCGCUCGAGGCGGCCACCGCGGGCGCGGGCGACGCGCCGUCGGCGGCGGCGCGUCGUCCGGCGGCGGCGGCGCCCGUCGCGGCUGAGGACGACGCGAUCGAUCACCACCACCACCGCGGCCACCACGGCACGCACCCGGUGCUGCGUCAGAUGAACAUGCACGACGCGCGCGCGAACGGACUCUUCGGCGUCGGCGGCGCGAGCGCGGGGUUCGCUUCUCUCGGGUUCGUCGGGGCGGUCGACUCCGGCCCCGGGCCGUCUCUCGGGUUCUCCGGGGCUGGCGACUCCGCGACGACGACGACGACGGGUCCCUCCUUCACCUCCCCCGGCGGGUUCCUCGGGCGAGGGAGCAUCGGAGGUUCGUUCCAGGGCGGGUUCAGAGGCGUCAUCGGCGACGGGCACGAGGGGUUGAUACUUCCCUCAUCUGGCGACGACGGGGUACGCGGCGGGAUCGGCGUCGGCGGCGUCGGCGGCGGAACGUCGUCCGACGCCGAGGCCGCCGCCGUGGUGUCGCGUCGGUUCCACGCGAUGCCGUUCCCGGGGCCGCUGGGGGCCGGGGACGACGACGACGACGACGCGCUCGCCGCCGCGGCCGCGGCGGCGCGAGGCGCGAGGGAACCGAGCCACGGCGGAAGCUCCGGGAACAGCGAGUACGACGCCGUGGCGUUUCGCGCGGAGGACGGGAAAGGCGGCGACGGCGACGGCGACGACGACGACGACGACGACGAUGACCCUCUCGACACGCUCCUCCGCUCCUGCACGAACGUCGACGUCGCCGCCGCGGACGACGCGCUCGAGCCCAUCGCGUGGGUCGCGGGCGUCAUCGACCCGGACGUCGUCGACCCCGCGGGCGGCGGCGGCGGCGGGAGCGCGGAGAAGACUCGGGCGGCGGCGGCGACGAAGUCCUUAAGGAACGGCGUUCACCACGCGAACGCGGUCGUAUGGGAACCAGUCACGACGACGACGACGACCGAGACGGAGGACGCGCCGUCGCUCCUCGAGUCGCCGCCGCCGCCGCCCUCGACGACGACGCGUCCGAUCAACAACAAGAAGAUGGACCGCAGUGACUCGAUGAACAGAGUCGCGUCGCUGGAGAGGAUGAACUACCAAAAGACGCGCACCGCGACGCGGGGGGGGUCGCCGUCGCCGCUCGGCGAUCCGCAGAGAAAGGCGAGCGCGGCGUCAGCGAUCGCGUGA